GACCACAGCUCCCAUGGGACCUGAAUGGACAGAAAAGAACACAUUCACCCUAAUGAUUAACUUAUACACCAACACACACAUACACCUAUGCCAACCUCAUCUUGCCCCACCCUCUGUGUUGUUGCCUCUUGAUCCAGCUUUCACACACCUGCCUUCACUGUUCUUGAAGCCUCAAGUGCAGUUGGACCUAAGAACUAAAGGGCACCGCUCUGAUUCAAAGCAUUUUCAUUUUCUCUGCAUUUUUGUUGGAGUUGUUAUUUUUCCAGUUAAGAAACAAAAAGGAGAAUCUGUGGGUUUGAACUCUGUUGCCGUGACAUCUGAACACAGUUCAUCUUGUUUACUCCUUCAAUGAUGAACCAUCAAACUGCAAGGAGCAACUCAUCCUCUCCCCCUGUGGUGUCAAAACCAACAACACCCCCAGGUCAAAAACAACCUGGCAGCCAAAAUCCCAGCAAGUUUAUGCAUGAACUCCAAAAUAUCCACAAACCGUCGUGGACUGCAGCGGCCCUUUGCUUUGUGAGUUUGUGUCUAGUGCUGUCAUGUGUAAUUUGUGUGUGGAAGAAGUGCAUAAAAAAGGACAAGGACAAAGAGAAGGAGAAAAAAAAGGGGAAGGAGAAGAGCAAAGGAGACUUUGACACAGAAAUGGAUGGCAGUUACAACGAGCCCUUGAAAGAGGAAAUUAAAAAAGAAACUGCGUUAUCAGAAAAUGAGCUAAAGGAGGAUGAAAAGCUUGGCAGGCUACACUUCACUCUAGACUACAACUUCACAGAAAACACGCUGGUGGUGGGCGUCCUGGAGGCUUCAGAGCUUCCUGCAAUGGACGUGGGAGGCAGCUCCGACCCAUAUGUGAAGCUCUACCUGCUCCCAGACAAAAAGAAAAGAUUUGAAACCAAAGUUCACAGAAAAACUCUGGAACCGACCUUCAAUGAGACAUUUACAUUUAAGGUACCAUACACUGAGAUGGGAGGGAGGACGCUGGUGAUGACCGUGUAUGACUUUGACCGUUUCUCCAAACAUGAUGCCAUUGGAGCUGUGAAGAUACCGAUGAGAGGUGUGGACUUCAGCCAGUCUAUGCAGGAGUGGAGAGAUCUGCAGAAGGCAGAGAAGGAGGAGAGUGAGCGGCUGGGAGACAUAUGUUUGUCCCUGAGGUAUGUGCCGACUGCAGGGAAGCUGACGGUGGUGAUUCUGGAGGCCAAAAACCUGAAGAAAAUGGAUGUGGGGGGGUUGUCAGACCCUUACGUGAAGAUUCACUUAAUGCAGAAUGGGAAAAGGCUAAAGAAGAAGAAAACUACAAUAAAGAAAAAUACCUUAAACCCUUAUUACAAUGAGUCAUUCAGCUUUGAAGUGCCAUGUGAACAAAUAGAGAAGGUGCAGGUUGCAGUGACCGUUCUGGACUACGACAAGAUCGGGAAGAAUGAUGCCAUCGGGAAGGUGCUGCUUGGUGGAAACAGCAGUGGGACUGAGCAGCGCCACUGGUCAGACAUGCUGGCAAACCCACGGAGGCCAAUUGCGCAAUGGCACAGCCUCAAACCAGAAGAUGAGGUCAACCUUCUCAUUUCCAACAAGAAGUAACACUGUGACCCCCAGCAGUGAAAGCCAGGAUUUACCUCAAGUUAUUACAAAAGUAUUUUCCUCUCCUUUCUUUAUUUCGCGCUAUUAACACAUCAAGUGACUUGAGUUAAAAAGAACUUCCCAUUAAUACCCAGCUUACCCAUAGAUUAUCAAAAUGAAUAUUUUAGCCUUCUACCAUCAGGAGUUUCCUCCUCUUCCUCAAAAUCCUCUUACUGCUUCCUUUCAUUUGAUAAACAAUUAUAUCACAAUGUAUGAUGCAAUAAAUCCAAUAAAUGAAUUUCUUUUUAAAUAAUGCAAGUCAUUUUGUCUUUUUUAUCAUGGAAAAUGAACUGUUGUAAACACUGUUAGCCUGCAGAGGGAGACAAAACAAAAAUAUUAAAGUCGACAUUGUUUCAAUGAUUGUUUUACUUUAAAAAGUUGUAUAAUAAUAACUUUAAUACUGUUAAUAAUGUUCCUUUUGUUACACCAUGAAGAAAAAUGUAAAACAAACAAACACUAUAAGUAAAUGUAAAACAUCACAGUUAAAUGGAAAAAAAAACUGAUCAAAAACAUUUCCCCCCUAAUUUCUUACAUAUUUCCUAUGUUUUUAAUUGUUUGGUCUUCUUUUGGAUUCCUUCAUUUUAAAGUGAGAGUGAGAUCCUCAUGCCAGCUUUUGCUACUCUUGAGAUUUUCCUGAAAAUGUCAUGGAUUUAUUUUACAAAGUUUUAGUUUUCACUAAUGUCUUCUGUCUCUUGCAGCAAGAUCCUCCCUACCUUUUUGCUAUAGAAGGAAACAGGAUAUUGUGGCUACUCAGAUUCCACUUAAAUCAACAAUUUGUAGGAUCAUCAAGAACUUCAAGAUAAAAGGGUUCAAUUCUUAAGGCUUCAGGGCGUCUAAAAAGUCCAGCAAGCGCCAUGUCCUCUCCUAAAGAGGAUUCAGCUGCAGGAUCAGAGUGCCACCAGUGCAGAGCUUGUUCAGAAAUGGCAGCGGGCAGGUGUGAGUGCAUCUGCACACACAGUGAGCCCAAGACUUUUGGAAGAUGGCCCUGUGUCCAGAUUGCAGUAAAGAAGCCACUUAUCUCAAAAAAAAAAAAAAAA